AUGGCAAAUUCUCAGAACUCCCUAUUUUCAAAUCGGUCAUCAUUCAAGUCGAUCUUUGAUAAAAAAUCAAAUAUCACAACCAAUGCAACCACACCCAACUCAAACAUCAUAAUUAACUGA